AUGUGUUUCUCUGUGUCUCUGUGUGUGUGUGAGGCUCGGCACGCGAGGAGGGCAGACACCGCCCCACUCGUGAGCACGCAGCGAAGAGCUAUUAAGCGGGUGUAUGUUAUCUGCCGCCCCUCCCUCCUGGGCAUCGCUGUGCGUCGUGUGCUUCCCGUGGGUGAGCGGCCGCAGGCAGGGUGGCUGUCACGCGCGGCAAGUGUGGCGAUGCCAAUAAAGAAAAAGGAGGAGGUGUGCGGCAAGCCCACACAGUACAACCUCCAAACGUGCGAGUACGACUGGAAGUAUCUGCCGGACACGCACUUCGUCAUCAAGCAAGGCGUCAGACGCCGGGAACGGCCCUCAUUGUGGCCAAGCGCCCCAGCAAGCGUGGCCCGCAGCACGCCACGGGCACCGUCGCCCCAGGAAUCUCCGCCGCGGGAGAGGCCCCUCGCUGCUGCAACCCCGCCUUCGCCAGCACCGCCGUUGGUGGCGUCCCCAGCUGCCGCGACGCAAGGGCCGCAGUUCCCUCUCGUUCCAUGGUCGCACGAGGAGCUGCGUCAAAUGGUAUACGCAAACCAGUCAGAGGCGCAGCGGUCGUACCUGCGGAGCGGAGCCUGA